AGAGGGGGAACCGCAGAGUAACGGGGCGGGAGGGGCGGAGCGGUCCCGUCUCGGAGAUCAUAGAGUGGGGCGCACGGAGAACGAAGGAGUGGGGUAGAAGGGCCCCGGGCGUCGCGGAGAGAGGUCGGGAAAAGAGCGGUCGGUCCUCCAGCGGCGUGAGGGGACCUCGCCAUGGAUCUGCUGUUUGGCCGUCGGAAGACCCCGGAGGAGCUGCUGAGGCAGAACCAGAGGGCCCUGACCCGCGCCAUGCGUGAGCUCGACCGCGAGCGCCAGAAACUGGAGGCCCAGGAGAAGAAAAUCAUCAUCGACAUCAAGAAGAUGGCCAAGCAGGGGCAGAUGGACGCAGUGAAGAUCAUGGCGAAGGACCUGGUGAGGACGCGACGCUACGUGAAGAAGUUCAUCACCAUGAGGGCCAACGUCCAAGCCGUGUCCCUCAAAAUCCAGACCCUAAAAUCCAACAACUCCAUGGCCCAGGCCAUGAAGGGCGUCACCAAGGCCAUGGCCACCAUGAACCGGCAGCUGAAGCUGCCGCAGAUCCAGAAGAUCAUGAUGGAGUUUGAGAAGCAGGCAGAGAUCAUGGACAUGAAGGAGGAGCUGAUGAAUGACGCCAUUGAUGACGCCAUGGGGGAUGAGGACGAUGAGGAAGAGAGCGACGCAGUGGUGUCACAGGUGCUGGACGAGCUGGGACUGAACCUCACCGACGAGCUGGCCACCCUGCCCCCACCGGGGGGGUCGCUGGCAGCAGGGGAGGGGCGGGCGGCUGAGGCCGCUGCUGCAUUGGCUGACGCCGACGCUGACCUGGAGGAGCGGCUCAAGAACCUCCGCCGGGACUGAACCCCGACCUCUGCACCUCAAUUCCAUCGUGCCCCCCGUUCCCGGACCCUGGGCCUGACCUCAGCAACCUUCUGCCCCCGGAGACGCCCUGCACUGACCUUCAAACUUUCACCCCUUUUGGUGACUCGUCCCCCUCCCCCCCGGGGGGCUGAUUGCAUUGACCUUCGACCCCACUUAAAUACCCCCAGUGGGGGUAUCUCUGACAACACACUACAGAGCUUUUUCUCCCCCUCCAGGGGGUGGGGAGUUGUCCCCUGCUGGGGCUACUUGUUCACCUAAGGGGUAUUUUUCCCCCCUUUUUGUUCCCUUCUUUGAGGAUGUUUGCUUUCUUCCCCAUCUUUUUUUUUUUUUUGCCCCCUUUUUCUGGCUUUUUAACUUUCUUUUGGGCUAUUUGCCCCCCCCUCUUUGAGUUAUUUGCCCCAUUCUUGGGGGUAUUUGCACUCCUCCCGGGGGGUAUUGCCCCCUUCUCUUGGGGCAGUUGAGUGAAACUGGGGCAAUAAAGGCUGCACGCUGGUACCUGCUGCCUCCCCCCGCUGCUUCCUGGGGUGCCCAGUGCCACCCAGCAAGGAACUGGGAGCACUGGGUGGGGAGGGGGAGUUCUCUGAUGGCUGCCGUGGGGUUGGGCACCGGUGCUACAAUGACACCUGGUCUGAAACUCCACCACCAGGUGGUCCAUUUUCAUGCUGGAAAGCAGCGAUUUGAGGCCAAAGAAAGAAAGAUGCUGGAUGGGCAUGGUGGCUGCAGCCCCAUUUGGGGGUGAAAACUCCCCAUAUUGGUGCACCCCAAGUUGCAAGGACUUCUCUCUGGAGUGGGAAACGCUCUAAAUUCAGCACCCCCAGUGGAUGGAAAUUUUUUGUGUGCUUCCUGCUGUUUUCCUCCAGUGGAUGUACAAACACGGCGAGUGGAGCAGGAAAUGAAGAUUUUUGGUUAAAAAGGAAACAACGGUGAUUUACUUCUUUUUUUUCUAGAAAUGGCCACCCUUUGGUGUUUUGGGGUGAGGUGAGCUGCUUUGGUGCCCCCAGCACCUCCUGGCAGUGGGUGUUUUGUGUGGCCUGAAGCUGUUCUUCGGGUGCCAGCAAUCCAUUUUUCCCACCCUGAUAAAAAAAAAUGUGCUGAUUUUGUGCAGAAAACACAGAAUUUCCCAAUUUCCCAGUAAUCACCACCCCAUUCAUUUUAUUUAUUUGCACUUCUCUCCCUGUUCAGACUUUGGCCCUUCCCUGGGCUGCUGCCUGCACACGGCCAACUGUUCUAUUUCAGAAGUGGCCCAAAAAGGACCUAAAAGACCCCAGAAUAACAGGGUUUACGUUGUGGUGAGGAUUGCAGGUGGGAACAGAUACAAGGUAUGAGAACCUUUUGGGGUUUGCACUGAGCCUGACAGGUGAAGAACUCAGCAGAACCCAAAAUAGUUGGCUUUAGACCCAAAACUGUUGGUUUUAGCCCCAAGAUGGGGAGUUUGAUGGAGCCUUGUUGGAGCUGCGCGAGGAUGGGGUUGUUUGAGCCAUGGGGGUUGGUGUGAUGGGAUGGGAGAGUGUGUCCAUGGGGUUGUUGGAAUAAAUGUUUCUUUAUUAAAAAUA